UAUACAUUCAUCAGCACAUUUACAGUGUAACAAUUUAUGAUAGGCUGAUCCGGAAGCCCAUACGUUCACCUUGACUACCACUGUUGCUAUGGCUUGUCAUGCACAACUUCUCAGCGAAGUACCAGGCAUGUAUUGACAUCGACGCUGUACUAAAACGAUCAAGACUACCUACAAACAUACUUUUAGUUUGCCAAAUGCAUAUAUUUUGCCAGGAAAAACAUCUACCCUACAGAUAGCGUUCAGAUGUAUUUAUAACGUGAGCCAUUUUAAUCGGGAUCACACAGACAGCCUUGUGAUCUGGCAACCAUCUCUGGAACGAACUAUUGGCCUUGUGAUCUGGCAACCAUCCCUGGAACGAACUAUUGGCCUUGUGAUCUGGCAACCAUCUCUGGAACGAACUAUUGGCCUUGUGAUCUGGCAACCAUCCCUGGAACGAACUAUUGGCCUUGUGAUCAGGCAACCAUCCCUGGAACGAACUAUUGGCCUUGUGAUCUGGCAACCAUCCCUGGAACGAACUAUUGGCCGCUAGUACAGACGGGCACAGCAGGUCACAGCUACAACGGCCUGAGAUGGACCCACAGGAGGGAGGCCGGGGAGGGUCGUACUCCACCGCCCCUCCUGUUACUGCUCCUCUCCAGCCCGUGCUGUGCUCCGUACCUGGAGAUCUGUCUCAGGAGUGGCACUACCUGAGAACACAGGUGUUCCCUCAUCUGGAUGCCCUCUGCCAGGCCAGAGGCACCUGCUUCAGACCAUUGGACACCCAGUGGGUUGACUGGGGGAGCCAUCGUCCCUCUGACCUCCCUGACAAUAGUACCUCCCUCUCCUCCCAGCAGUUGAAGAUCAGCCUAGACCUUAUCACCCGCUCCUCCUCCUUCCUCUGCCUCCUGGGACACCGAUACGGCCCCUUCAGGCUGCAGCAGGACCCCACACCUCUCCCAGCUGCUGGUCCAGAACGAGAAGCCCUCUCUGUGGUGGAGAGGAACCUGCAUGUUGCAGCAGAUGGAGGCUACCCCUGGGUCCUCACAGGGAGGAACCAGAAGUGCUCCCUGACAGAGCUGCAGAUCACCCAGGCAGCCCUGAUGGGUGACACCAGACACUGCUUCUUCUACUUCAGAGACUACUCUUUCCAUGGGGAAGAGGAGGAUGAAGACAGGUACACAGAUGAAGGUCAGAGGUCGUUGCUGAGCGUGUUCUCCAAACUGACAGCGGAGGAGAGACACAGAGCCAGGGAGCUGAAGAACAGGGUAGUGGACAGCCUGCAACCUGUAAGGUUCUUCAGAACGCUGCAGGAUCUGGGGGACCUAGUGAAGAGGGACUGGAAGUGCCUCAUGGAACAGCUCUAUGGGUCCCUGGACCUGCAGCCAACCUGUUCCGGCCUCCUGGACUCCCUUGAUAGAUGUUAUCAUGAAGGUGCUGUCCAGGCUCUGUGUCGCUGGUUUGCCCCCUCCACCCAAACCACUGCUGUCACGGAGGCACUCAACACAUUUACUGCCUCUCUCACUCAUUCUGACACGUCUCAGAGUCUAGCAACCUCAAGGAAUUCAACCAUUAAGUUAACAGGCGACUAUGACAAACGUGAUUCCGAUGGGUCUAUUUUCCUGCUCUGUGGUGAAAGGGGUUGUGGGAAGUCUUCACUGGCCGCCCGGUGGCUUCAGGAGUUCCGGAAGAAGAAUCCUAGAAUUCCGGCCAUCCCUCACUUCUGUGGAAUCAGCAGCUCCAGUGUGGAUAUCAGAUCUGUACUGAGACGCAUCACCACUGAGCUACGCCUGGCCCAUUGUGGGCCCCAGGCUGAGUGGAGUGAGGGGUUGCAGCACCAUGUAAAGCCAGAUCAUGUUGUGGUUCAGGCCUUCUCUGCUGCGGCUGCUCUGGGACCCUGUGUUCUAGUUCUGGAUGGACUAGACAGACUUACCGGGACCCUCGGGCUCUCAAUGCAGGAGGUGAAGGACCUAUGCUGGCUCCCUGACCCUCUGCCUCCCCAGUGUAAGAUCCUCAUCACAGCGACCUCCACAGAUGUCACCUACCAGAGGCUGACCCUCCGCCCAGACGUUCACAUCCUCCCCUGGCCCGGCCUGUCAGACCCCUGGGUCCGCCGCAGCGUCCUGCUCCGACACCUUACCCUGCCCUGCCAGGAGCCGCACAGGACCCUACUGCAAUUCAUCUUGGGAACCACUACCAGGCCGGGAAUGGGCCGCCUGCCGCUGUUCCUGGCGGUGGUGGCUAGCGAGCUGCAGACGUGCCGCAUCCUGAGGGGAAAGGAGGAGGAGGAGGAGUUGAUAGAGGAGUAUGUGGAAGUGGAUUCUAUGGCGGAGCUGUGGGCCAGGGUGAUUCAGCGCUGGAUCAAUGACUAUGGCGGGGUCAGUGAGGGUACGGCCAGUCAAGCCAAAGGAACGGGAGGGCCUAGCUCUCAGGUGUCCAAGAUAGAUCUCAGAGGCUGGGUAUGGGACACUCUAUGCCUGGUUCACCUCUCCCAUGCUGGGCUGACUGAGGAGCAGGUCCUGGUCCUGCUGGAGGUUCUUGGUUAUCCUGGGUCCAUACGGGUUCUACCUCUGGAGUGGGCCCGGUUCCGCACUGCUGCUGGGCCCUGGGUACAGGAGAGACCCAAUGGAACACUGAGCCUCACCCAUCAAUCAAUGGGCCAAGCCAUGGACCUCCUCCUGCUGAGGGUCCGUCCCGGUAAAGGUUCAGGGGGCUUGAGGAGGACCAGACGGGGCUACCAUCUCAGCCUGGCCCAGUUCUUCCAGAGGCAGGGCAGAGAGCUCUGUAGCUGGCCUCAGAUCCUGGAGGAGCUCCCUGGCACCUGGAGCAGAGUGGGGCCUGGAGGGAGCUACACACCUUCUUCAUAGAUCCACAGACUGUAGAGCACCUGUCUGCAACUUGGAGCCAGUCUCCUCAGCUGAGAAUGGAUGUUGUCAGGUACUGGACUGUCCUGAUCCUCAGAGGUUAUGACCCCAACACCUCGUACCAGAGCCUGCUGGGUAAGGGAAGCCAACC